AUAAGGAAUAUUUUGCCAGUUCUAAAAACAAAAAAAGCAUGUCUCUUGUUUUUUCGAUCAUCAUUUAGUAGUGGAAGAAUGGAUAGUAUCAUACUUCAUUUCACGAUUUCUAUCUGUGUCGAUUAAAUCAUAUGCAUUUCGAUUUGAGAACUCAUACCCAUUUGACUGAUUGGUAAAUUCGCAAUGCCAAUCAAUGAUCCUCAAUACCACUCAAUGCUUCAUUGUACAUUGCGUCACUGAACGAAAUCGCUAGAUCGUUGGACCUUCUACGAUGUCGAUACAAUAUGUUAUCAUCAGUCAUCGAAUCUUUUUGAUUAGCCAUAUCAUUUGUGGUCGGGGCAGAAAACAUGUCGUUGGUACUAUAGGAAAAAAUAGACGAAUUUGUUUGUCUGUGCAAUAAAUGCUAUUUCAGCUAGCAUACUGUCACUGAUUGUCAUCUUCUAGCAAGCUUAGUGCAAGGCAUGCAUUUUAUACGUUUGAUACUGUUGCCCAUUUACUUUACGUAUAUCUUAAAAUGUUAAUGGUCUGGUGACAUUAACCAACAACAGUCGCAGAUAAAAUCAAUCAGUCUGCCCUGGAUUGCCUAUAUAUACUCGACCCAAAUUAUUUGAUUUGAACAAACCGGGGCAUGCAUCGAAUGGUGUGCCUUGCUUGCGGGGCAUCCAUUUUUCCGAUUGAUCAAAUAUAAAAUAGCGUGCCACUUUUUGAUAUGAGUGUUUGUGCAAAGGCCCUAAAACAUUCGCACGAUUACACAGUUCAAAAAAUUCGAUGAGCAUACUUCACAUUCACUUUUAAGUGAAUUUAUGACACUAUCAACAGCUGUUUCGCUCGUGAAUGGCUUUCGCUUUUUUCAAGAUGCGCUUGAUGAGAAUAAAAUAAGCCGACUUAUUUUUAUUCCUACUCCGUAAUGUUUGCUGGUUGAGAAGUGACAGCGGGAAACACUUGGCGGGGAUAACUGAUUGGUUGAUAGAACUAUACUACAUGAAAAUUAUAGUAUACUACAAUUAUUAUAUUCGAUUGCCUGUGGAUGGAAUAGAAAAAGAUAAAAAUCGCGAUUAAAAAUCAGGGAUUGAUUGAAUUUGGAAGGUGUGAAAAUUUGGAAUUGUAUGUAUUUUUCAAAGCUGAAUCGUGAAAAAAAAAACACAAAAAUAUAAAUAAGUAAUAUUUGGGGUGGACUAAUUAUUUAGGGGUAUAAAAAAUAUAUGUUGGCCGAAUCUCAGACCUUUCCGAUAAACACACCAAAUUUCAUCAAAAUCGGUCCAGCCGUUUCGAUAUCAAACACCGUGACACGAGCAUUUCAUAUAUUAGCAGAUUAUACAAUAACGUAGUAGUAAAGCACUCCACUCUUCAAGUCAUUGUAUAAGCCUACAAGUAACCAAAGAAUCAGCGUUUGUGACACAGCUGAUAUCACCUGAUCGAAUCUGCCUUUUUUAGACACAGAGAUGUAAAUAAAAGGAAUACAGUUUAACAACUUGUUUGUGAACAUGUAUUUGUAAUGCUGAAUUCAAUGAAAACUUUCAAGAAUGUUGCAAUAUAGGCGCGUUACUGAUCUUUUUUGGGUGUUCGGUUCCCCAGGAGACCUAUAUUCACCCAUAUAAUGUUUAUAGUUCUAAAACAAUCUACUUGGAAGAAAAAGUCUCGGCGUUUUUUGCAUUCUACUAAUACAGAAUAAGCAUAAAAAGUAUUCGCUCUAUGCUUGUUACAUUAGUUUAUUGUAGUUUCAACGUGUUUAAGACCUGUUAAUUUUUUGUUCGUUAUUGUCAAUAAUACAGAUUAAGAUAAUCAAAAGAACAUCUGCAAUUUGUGCGUAAAUUUUUCGAAUUAUUUAGCGGCAAUCAAAAUUAGUGCAAAAGGCAAAGCAUUAAGUGCUGAUGAGCGGGGAGGACGGUAAAAGCUUUCGUGACAUUGGACAGAGCGGAGUCAUCAGUUCGAUACGUCAUCCAGACUUUCAAAACAACGGGAAUUAUUACUUCAAAGCCUCAAUCUGGACGUCCGAGAAUAUUGACUGGUCGAGAAACACGCAAAGUUGUAUCUCUUGUAAAGGGUAAUCCGCGUUUAACCGCUUCCCAAAUAGCAGCAGAUGUAUAACUACAAUUUAAGAAAUUAAUAUGCAGCAAGACAGCAAGAAAAAUGUUAAAAAGGGCUGGUUAUCAUGGGCCAGUGGCACGCAAAAAGCCAUUAAUUUCCUUAAAAAAUCGUAUGAAGCGCAUUGCAUUCGCAAACCAAGCCUAUAUCUUUUUAGCAAUCGGUUUUAUGGUCGGAUGACACCAAAUAUUGUAUAUUUGGAAUGAAAGGAAGACAGAUGGUGUGGCGAAAAACUGGUACAGCCUUUGAAGCACGAAAUCUUACUUCAACCGUAAAGCAUAGUGCAGUGGAGUUAUAUUGUGGGGGUGUAUGGCAGCAAGUGGAGUUGGUGGCAUUGAGUUUAUCGAAAAUAUAAUGAAUAAAUUUGAUUAUCUAAAUAUUUUAAAACGACAAAUGAAGCAAAAUGCUGACAAAUUAGGAUUGCCAAACGUGUUUUGUUUCCAACAGGACAAUGACCCUAAGCAUACAACGGAACUUGUUCGCCUUUGACUUCUUCACAAUGCUCCAGCAGCCUCCUUAAUAACCUGACCUCAAUCCAAUUGAGCAUUUAUGGGCUGUAUUGGAGCGCAGAAUUCGUACACAUACGAUUACCACCAAAGAAAUGCUCAAGACCGAUAUUGGAUGAAUGGAGUAAAAUGUCGACUGAAGAUACGAGGAAAUUAGUACAUUCCAUGCCUAAACGUCUAGCAGAAGUUCUAAAAUUUCGUUGCUAUUCUUGUGUUCUUUUUGAUGAGCGGAGACAUUUUCCGUUUAAGUUAAUUGUUUUUAAAAUUACAAUGAACUUUGUGGCUUUUGUUUCUUGAAUUAUUUUAAAAAAAGAAAGUUUUUUAAACGAAAAAAUAUGAUUUAAUAACAAAAAAAAAUAUAUAUAUAUUUUUAAUCUAUUAAUUGUUCAAACUUUUAUUUUGGUUUAAAAGAUUUUGUACCCAGUGAGCGGAGCAAUGAACCGAUCAAUAAAUAAUAUUUUUCAAAUAUUCUAAAUCACCCACAGCGGUAUACUUAUUAAAUGUAAAUUUAAUCUUUAGGAAUUUAAAUUAUCGAAAAGUAUUUGAAUAUGUAAUAAAAACAUACUUAAAGUUAUAAAUUGUAAAACAAAACACGGCAACACACUAUAGCAGAUUUGAGUCAUUUGAACGUUUUAGUAGUAGAAUAUUAGUAGGCAACCUGUACCAAGUGUGACUGUAGUAGUAUAAUUUUUGAGGCAACCCGUACCAAGUGGCCAAUUUUUGCGUGUGGAUUAGUAAAAAUCUUAGGAUUGGUUACUUGUAGAUUUAUACAAUGCUUCAAUAAUCUAGCACAACUGGAAGUAUAUUGUGACGAACACGGAUGAUAGAACAAAUCAAAUCGACGAUAAAUUGCCAGAAGCAACUAUACAGUGAAUUCGUAGUUGCCAGAAUGUUCUAGAAGCAAUGUUUUGUUAAAGAUUUACCUAAUAAGGGCUGCCGGAUUGUGCAGCAAACACAGUUCUAGUUAGAAUGUUGUCGUGUUAAGAGCAAUUGAAACAUAAGCAAGAAGUAGUAAGCUCGAAUAACGAGCAAUAAGUGUUAAGUUGUUGGAAUUAGAAAUAAAGAUAAGUGUAUAGCCAUUAAAUUUGGACUUAUUUUUUAACAAUCCAUUAUAAACAUUAUAAGUGCUAUAAGUGUACGAAAUUUACGGAUACAUUUGUACAGACAACAUACAUACUUUGCAUGUACAUUAACAUAAUAUUAUAUAAUAUCAAAAAUAUUAUUUAAUGCUAGAUAAAAUAGGUAGAAAAUAUGCUGUCGAUGAGCUUGCGGUAGAUAAUAGUAUUUUGAUUGAAAAAUCAUUCUCUACAAUUUGUGGUGGGGGUUAAUUAAUUUAAAUAAGUAAUUUCACUAUACAUAUAUGCAGAAAACUAUAUAUUUUUAUCUAAUGAAAUGUAUAUCUAUGUUGAUGUAUAUUUUACAAUUUAGAUUUAUAAUGUAGUUAGGUAUUAAAAUAGUUUCUUUCCUGAAGAUCAUUAAAAAAGUCGAUAUAUAUACAUACACAUAUGUAUUGUUACGUAGGAACUUGAAAUGUAAUUUUGUUAGUAAAGGGGCGACUUCGCUGACGUCAAUUGCGAUGUACAGUGAACCAAAAAAAACAAAACUUGAACAGAGAGAUGAACUUGACUUUGGAGGGACUUAUCUCUUAAACUACUUUAGCUUUUAUGCUGCAACCUCAAAUAUCUCCCGUUUGAGUAGUAAAAAAAAACUUGUACACUUUCGUUGUCAACACUUUAAAUGAGCUAAAAUGUAGGCACCGUUAUUUUUGUCUGGUAUUGCUUGAGUAUGGUCAAAAUAUAUUAUUUAGUAAGCGUAUUUCUUUUGUGCGGUUGCAGUUUUUGAAGAAAUAAUGGUGAAUAAACUAAGUUCUCAAGAAUUACAUGCUCAGCUUGUCAAACAUUGGCAAUAGAACAAAAGUACUCUCAAAAUAAACAUUAUUGCUAAAUUCAAAAAGACUGAUGGAGUUGGAAGACUUGAUGGUAGUGGAGCGCUCGAAAAAAUUUGCACGCCCAGGCUGAACGUAAAGUUGCUCGAAAUAUCAAAACACACCUCAAAAUAUCCGCUGUCGCUAACACCACAAUUGUUAUAUGCAAACAAACAAAGGUGUUACCAUAUAUUUUGCUAACGAAUAAAAAUAAAUAAAAAAAAAGGAUUAUACCGUCAGUACAAAAUUCAUACUCGUUGAUGAGUAACGCAAAUUCUUUCAGAAAUUCCUUUCUCUUCUUAAAUCCCGGUGUUGGAUAGAUCAGAGUUAUUUUCAUCGAAGAGACGCCGAAGACUGCCAACGCAAAAAGUAGUGCGAAUCGAUAGAAACCUGAACAACCCUUUGUUGGAUAGAGCAGACUUACUUUUUUGAAGAGCGGCCGAAUGCCUCCAAUGCAAAAAGUAGUUCGACGCGAAAGAACUAUGAACACUCCUGUGUUGGAUCGACUAAUAAUGUCAUCGAGGCUAAGAAUACUGAGUUAUUCCUAAUCCCAUCAAUAGUGAUUGAAAUUGUUCGAAAGUAUACUUCAUACUAAUCUGUUAUAGUUUUCAUAAUGGACAAUUCAAAAUUAUUAUUAGUUACGGCAAACGUUGGGACUUUAUUCGAAGAUCCUUCAAGGUUGAUGCAACAAUGGAUUCAUGAGUUCAUUUUAACAAUAAAGCAGCUACACCCGCAAUUCAUAGCUCUUCACUUGCAAGAAGUUGGCGGUAAAACCUACGAGCAAUCUUCUCAUUAUGUGAAAGAGUUUGUUAAAUCCCUGUGUGAAGCAUAUGAAAUGCAAGAAUUCUCCAUUGUUCGCAUAUAUCUGGAUGAAAACUUUAAUUCACAGGAGCAGUUUACGGCUUUAGGGAACUUGUAUUUCGGUCAUAAAACUAUACCUAAUAGUCGUCUUUGGAAUUUCACAAAUAGCUCGUGGGAAACUACACAAGGGAAAAAUUGUUAUUUUGGAAAUAUAGAGAAUGUACCAACGAAAGAGAAGUCAAAAUUUCCGCUUGAUUUUUUUCCUGAGUGCAAAUGGUCAAGGAAAGGGUUUAUGAGAACACGUUGGGACAUUAAUGGUACCAUUUUAGAUUUUGUAAAUAUGCACUUAUUUCAUGAUGCAUCAAAUUUAACUGCACUUAUUGACUUUCCUUCAGUUUACUCACAAAGAAGGCGAAAGGCAUUGAUUCACACAUUACAAAGAUUCGAUAUAGAUAAGAACAAUGAGAUUGUACCUUAUUUUCUAUUCGGGGACUUUAACUUUCGAAGUGAUUCUGCAGGCGUAACUAAGACAUUAACAAGAAAUCUGACAGCGCACCGUUUAGUAACUCUGAAUGUAAACAAUUUAAAGGAGCAAUACCGUGAUGAAGAUGGAAAAAAUAUAUUGACCAUCGGAAAGAAAGAAUAUCAUCAUAUUGAUCACCAAAAUAUAUUCAGAGGAGAGUGGCUAAAGCAAUACGACCGGGAUUUGGAAAUUUGCAAAGGUAUACUGUUCGAAUAUGACAUCUCGUUUCCACCAUCGUAUCCCUAUGAGGAGAAACCUGAUUUGCCUACGAGAUAUUUGACAACAAGGUGUCCAUCUUGGUGUGAUCGAGUUUUGAUGAGCCCUCAAAUAAAUGAAAUAACUAUAGGGAGAAAUAUUUCAUACAAUUUAAUUGGAGAUAAUAUUUGUAUGGGCGAUCACAAGGUGACCGGGCAAAUGUUGUUUUGCCAUAAACGUAAUUUUUAGUGAAUACAUUUGAAGAAAACACCUCCAAAACAAAAAAAAAA